AUGUUGAGUCAGCAACUUGCCAAUAAUGCCAGAACUAUUCAAAAGGGAGCUGCUCGUUUCUACAACAACACCUACAACAACUUGAAAAUCAACAAGGACACCAAAGUUAUUGUUCAGGGAUUCACAGGAAAGCAGGGAACUUUCCAUGGAAAGCAAAUGCUUGAGUACAAAACCAAAGUAGUCGGAGGAGUGAACGCCAACAAGGCCGGCACCGAGCAUCUCGGACUACCAGUCUUCAAGACCGUCACCGAGGCUCGCAACAAGACCGGAGCCGACGCCACCGUCAUCUACGUCCCACCCAGUGGAGCCGCCAACGCUAUCGAGGAGGCGAUGGAUGCCGAGAUCCCAUUGGUGGUAUGCAUCACUGAGGGAAUUCCACAACACGACAUGGUCCGUGUCAAGUCGCGUCUUCUCAAGCAGAACAAGACAAGACUUGUCGGACCAAACUGUCCAGGAAUCAUUGCUUCUGAUGAGUGCAAGAUCGGAAUCAUGCCAGGACACAUUCACAAGAAGGGGUGCAUCGGAAUCGUGUCUCGCUCGGGAACUCUUACCUAUGAGGCUGUGCAUCAGACAACUCAGGUCGGGUUCGGACAGACUUUGUGCGUUGGAAUCGGAGGAGAUCCCUUCAAUGGAACCAACUUCAUCGACUGUCUUCAAGUCUUCCUUGAGGAUCCAGAAACCAAAGGAAUCAUCCUCAUCGGAGAAAUCGGAGGAUCCGCUGAAGAGGAAGCCGCUCAAUUCCUCAAGGAACACAAUUCUGGAAAGACCAGAAAGCCAGUCGUCUCGUUCAUCGCUGGUGUCACGGCACCACCAGGCAGAAGAAUGGGACACGCUGGAGCCAUCAUUUCUGGCGGAAAAGGAACCGCUGCUGACAAGAUCAACGCUCUCAGAGAGGCCGGAGUUAUUGUCACUGACUCACCAGCCAAACUUGGAACUUCAAUGGCAACUGCUUUCUUGAACUCGAUUUAA